AUGGAGGCGCUUGCCGGCGCAGACGACGCCGGGCUCCGGCGCCAGUGGCGCUGCGGCGGCGCAUCCGCGGUCUUGCUCUGCUACGCGCCCAGGGUCCGGCCCGCGGGCCAUGGGCGCGCCCGCAAGCUCACGCGACGCCGUGCCUGGUUCUGCCCCGGCAGCCGCAUCCAGCGGGGGUUCCAGUGCUGCAGUUGCGACAAGGGGCACAUGUAUAAGUACUGGCGUGGGUACGUUGAGUCCCCUUCUGGGAAUGGCCAGGGCGGUUUCACGAAGAGGGUGGAUACCGGUUGUCCUGCGUCAGAGAUCUUCAUGCUCAACAAGUCUUUCGGCGUGCAUGAUCAGUGGGCGCAGCGGUGGGCCUGCCGUUUGUACGCGCACAGGGCGUCCUUCCUUGGAGAGGCCCAGAUCUUGCGGGCGUUGGAACCAGAAGUCGCCACGGAGACUCUGGAGCAAUCGCUGGAAUCCGCAUGGGUGCGGCACCAGAUGUGGCAGAGAUCUUUGGAGCGCGAGGGCGCUCGCGCUGCCCUGGCAAGCUCUUUGUUGGAAUUGCCUCUGGAGGGCUUCCUGCAGAGUUGCGCAUCCUGGUACCGCCCUCUCAUGAAGGAGCGCCGCCUCCGCGCGUGGCGGGCCAGCGGAGACAGGAUGGACAUCGUCUGCGUCGACGGCAACGCCAAGCUGUACCGGCGAUCGUGCGGCGCGCCGUGCGCCGAGGCCGUUUACCACGACGCCCUGGACUUGCACUUGGUGCGUGGUUGCCCAGAGUCGCCUUUGCAGAAAGGAGUGCUUUGCCGGCGUCACCAGGAGCUCGCCGACCGCCCUGCCCUCGCUGGAGAAAUCGAAGCGCACCGCGUGCGGGCGCCCCUGUCCGCCAUGGCUUACCUUGACGUUGAAGUGCGAAUGACGGGCUUCGCUAAUUGGCAGCCCGCGUGCACGGUCCCCGACUCGACCGUGCAAGCGCAUUUCGCUAAGAAUGCAGAACAG